AUGACAUUCGAGAUCCGGCGUGCCUUCUUUGUUCAAUGUUUUCAGCGGAAACAGGAAAUCGAGGACCCACUCAAUGCUAGCUCCACAACAUCAUGUCCAAGACCGGACACUUGCUGUGAAAAUGCUGUCGGGUUUGCACCUUUCGUCAGAGAACAGUUUCCACCAAAGCCACCUCAAACAGAACAGUUUCCACCAAAGCCACCUCAAACAGAACAGUUUUCACCAAAGCCACCUCAAACAGAACAGUUUCCACCAAAGCCACCUCAAACAGAACAGUUUCCACCAAAGUCACCUCAAACAGAACAGUUUCCACCAAAGCCACCUCAAACAGAACAGUUUCCACCAAAGCCACCUCAAACAGAACAGUUUCCACCAAAGCCACCUCAAACAGAACAGUUUCCACCAAAGCCACCUCAAACAGAACAGUUUCCACCAAAGCCACCUCAAACAGAACAGUUUCCACCAAAGCCACCUCAAACAGAACAGUUUCCACCAAAGCCACCUCAAACAGAACAGUUUCCACCAAAGCCACCUCAAACAGAACAGUUUCCAACAUAUUCAAAACCCAGUUACAUUGUGGGGGAAAAUAUACAGCUCUAA